AUGUCUAAUCCUACUGCAAAUGGUCAUACAAUGACCGGCGAAGAAGUUAUGUCGGAAGAUGAGGCCAGAAAGCGCAGAGAACAACUCAAUAGGCGGCCGAGUUACCGCAUGAUCUUAAAAGAUAUUGAAACUGUUGAUAAAGUCCUUAAAAAAGAACCUGAAGAAACUCCGCCAUCAUCUGUUGACGCCUCUCCUCUACAAGUCCACAUCCCCCAAACUCAGGCUCCUGCGCGUAUGCCCUCCGGACCUCCUUCAUACUCUUCACCACUCUCAGGAAACCUCUUAUCAUCGGGUUCUUUGCCGUCUUCUCUGCAGCUAAACGGUGAUCUGGGUCAGAUACCGGGACUGGAUUUCGUGGCGGUAGUUGCUGCAGCCACGUCGUCUCAUCAGCAGCCCACACCGGUAUCUAGCCAGCCAGGUGGCUCGGCGGUACUAAUGGGUUCAGACGGGCAUCUCAAAUCGAUGAGUAUGGACGGGUCAUUUUCGGCUGAAUGGAACUCUCCCUUACUUUCCGGAUAUAGUAGCUCUCCGUCUCCGACAUUGGCCACUGGAAAUCGCAUAGGACAGGGUGAAGAUGAGAGCUCUCGAAAACGACAAGUUCGCUUAUUGAAAAAUAGGGAAGCAGCAAAAGAAUGUCGACGGAAAAAGAAGGAAUAUGUGAAGUGUCUGGAGAACAGAGUCUCGGUAUUGGAAAAUCAAAACAAAGCUCUAAUCGAAGAGUUGAAAACGCUUAAGGAGUUGUAUUGUCGAAAGGAGAAAAGCGAAAUGUAA